GGAAACCGGCGGAGAGAAGGGCACACAAUUCUAACCAUACCGGCGCUUCGACGUCGCCCAUUUCUCCUCAGAGAAACAUGGCAGAGAUCCAAACGCCUCCAUACGACCUGAUAAUCUUGGGGGCCUCAGGCUUCACUGGCAAGUAUGUAGUCAGAGAAGCUCUCAAGUUCUUCAACGCCCCUACCUCCCCACUCAAAUCAUUCGCCCUUGCCGGCCGCAGCCAGGCUAAGCUUCGCCAGGCCCUCCAGUGGGCCACCCACCCCAGCCCUCCCCCGUCUAUCCCUAUCCUCAUAGCUGAUACCACCGACCCUUUAUCCCUUCAGACCCUAUCCUCUCAGACCAAGCUCAUCCUUAACUGUGUUGGCCCCUUCCGCCUCCAUGGAGAGCCCGUCGUGGCCGCCUGCACAUCUUCUGGGUGUGAUUACUUGGAUAUAUGUGGGGAGCCAGAGUUUAUGGAGAAAAUGGAGGCAAAGUAUCAUGAAAAGGCAAUUGAGACUGGGUCUUUGGUGGUUUCAGCUUGUGGGUUUGAUUCUAUUCCAGCUGAAAUGGGGCUGAUGUUCAAUUCCAGGCAGUGGUUGCCUCCUGCUGUGCCAAACAGAGUUGAGGCAUAUCUCAGUUUGGAGUCUGAUAAAAGAAUUGUUGGAAACUUUGGAACAUAUGAAUCUGCGGUCUUGGGUAUUGCAAAUGCGGAUAAGUUGCAGGAGUUGAGGAGGUCCAGACCCAAAAGAGCUAGACCAGCGAUCCUUGGUCCACCACCUCCCAAAGGGCCAUUGAUAGAACACCAGAAGAAGGUUGGCCUUUGGGCUGUAAAACUACCUUCAGCAGAUUCUAUUGUUGUCCGUAGGACUCUUGCAUCUCUGACUGAAAAUCCGCAUGGUCUUCCUGCGGUUAAUGAGAGUGCUGAAUGGGUUGAAAAGAGGAAGAGCUUCUGGUCAACAGUGAAGCCAGCUCAUUUUGGCGUGAAGAUAGGAACUAAAUCCUUGUUGGGUAUCCUUCGUCUCAUGAUGGUUGGGGUGUUCAUGGGUAUCUUGGCUAGAACUUCGUUCGGAAGGUGGCUUCUCUUAAAAUUCCCCUCAUUUUUCAGUCUUGGGUGGUUCAAGAAGAAAGGUCCUUCUGAGGAUGAGGUGCAAAGUGCAUCGUUCAAGAUGUGGUUUGUUGGACAUGGUUUCAGUGACAGCAAUCUUGCUUCACAAAGAAACUCUAAACCUGACAUGGAAAUAAUAACAAGAGUAAUGGGACCUGAGAUAGGUUACUUGACCACUCCUAUAAUACUGAUUCAGUGUGCUCUUAUACUUUUAAGUCAGCGAGGAAACCUGCCUAAGGGAGGAGCCUUCCCCCCUGGAAUUUUGUUUGGCCCAGCAGAUCUCCGGGAACGGCUGCAACAGAAUGGAAUAUCUUUUGAUGUUAUUUCAAAGAGCCGACUUCCUGCCUAACUGGUAAAAACUUCGUCGUAUUUAUGUGAAAGGAAAUAGAACUUAUAUCAUAAAACACUGGGAAGUGAUCAACAAGAAGUAGUGCUUGUCUGUGCCGCAUGUUAUUUUUGUGUUGUAUUGAAACACUUGUUAUUUCUGUUUUAUUGCAAGUGUGAUCUUUCACUCAAUUUACACGGG